GCAACCCUAGCCUUCAGUCUCUCUGCUCUCUUUCGAGUCUCGAGUCUUGAUUUGUAGAAGCAAGAAGUAGCCAUGGACGAAGAUAACAUAUUCCCUUCAGAUACCGAUCUGGAUUUGAGCUUCACGAGCUGUGCUUCCAACACCUCCACUGACCGUACCUUCACCUCUUCAAGUGCCCGUAGCAGUCUUACCCUAAGCUUCAAGGAGUCCCGCCUCUCCACCUCCACCUCCGGUUCACGUCCCCACCGGAGAUCCGACCCUCAUUGGUCGGCAAUCAACGCCGCCACUAACCUCUCCUCCGACGGUGCUUUACACCUCCGUCACCUCAAGCUCAUCCGACACAUUGGCAGCGGCAACCUAGGUCGUGUCUUCCUCUGUCGUGUCAAGGACUAUGAUGGCGCCAACUUCGCUCUCAAGGUCGUCGACAGAGAUGCCAUUACAGCUAAGAAGCUCUCUCACGUCCAGAUGGAAGCUCAGGUACUCUCCACCGUCGAUCACCCUUUCCUUCCCACCCUCUAUGCUCAUCUAGAGGUCUCCCACUACUCGUGUCUGCUAAUCGAUUACUGUCCCGGUGGAGAUCUCCACGCCCUCCUACGCAAACAACCGGAGAAUCGUUUCGGGGUUAACGCCGUUAGGUUUUUUGCGGCGGAGGUUCUGGUGGCGUUGGAAUAUCUACACGCCAUGGGAGUGGUUUACCGGGAUCUGAAACCAGAGAACGUCUUGAUAAGAGAAGAUGGGCAUAUAAUGCUGUCGGACUUUGACUUGUGUUUUAAAGCUGAUGUGGUCCCCACCAUCGAAACUACCACCACAGCUACAUCAAUUAGGUCAACCCAAUUUAAGAUGAAGAAGAAGAAGAAGAAGAGCCGUUACUGUUACAGUUACCGUUACAGCUGCUUUGGGGGGCGGCGUUGGAAGGAACAGGAGGAGGAAGUAGACGUAACGAGGGAGUUCGUGGCUGAGCCGACGGCGGCGUUCUCGAAGUCGUUCCUGGGGACUCACGAGUACCUAUCGCCGGAGUUAUUGAGCGGUAACGGACACGGUAACGGAGUUGAUUGGUGGGCGUUUGGGAUCUUCGUGUACGAGCUGUUAUACGGGCGGACGCCGUUUAAGGGAGACACUAAGGAGGCUACCCUGCGCAAUAUAGCUUCGGCCAGGCCAUUUAGAUUCCCGGAGUGUGACGUAGCAGGGGCUGGAGAAGAGGAGGCGAGAGAUCUGAUACAGAAGUUGCUGGUGAAAGAUCCGAGGAGGAGGCUAGGCUGCGCCAAGGGUGCAACGGAUAUCAAGAAGCACCCUUUCUUCCAUGGGAUUAAAUGGGCCUUGAUACGUACGUAUAGACCACCAGAGGAGGUCGUUGGUCUGCUGGGUUCGAGGAGGAAAUCGAUGCUGGUGAGUAGUAGGGUUUCUGCAACUUCUUCAUCUUCGUCGUCGUCAAAGAAAAGGCGUUGGUCUUGGAAAGGCUUGGGUAAUCUUCGACUUCGAAGAGGAGAGGAUCGAAGGUGAUUUCAGUUAUGGAUUACUGUAAGAAAAAGUGUAGGAAAUGGCAAUAUGAUUUCUAUUUUG